AUGUCUUCAAGGAUACACCGCAACUUUGCCAUUCUCGCACAGCGAGAGCAGGUCCGGCUGGAAAACUCGGCAGCAUACUCUGCCAACCCCAAAGAGGUGCAUCCCUUCUAUUCGGUCAAGAACUCGCUCGCCCACAGGCAUGACAACCGCUACUCCAACAUUCUCGCAUACGACAGGACAGCUGUAGUCGUGAACGGCAACUAUCUCAAUGCAAAUGUGGUAGACGACGGCAAGGGGGGUUUAUGGGUCGCUGCUCAGGCGCCUCCCCCACGAGCGUUUGACUUAUUUUUCAGGGCCAUAUAUACGGGGGCUGCCAUAGGAAAGCAGCCAAAAGAUGCUCUGAUUGUACAGCUCACAGGCUGGGAAGAACGAGGAAUUACCAAGGCGGAUCCGUACCUGGAUCACAAGAUGGACGGCAUCGUACCGCUGAUUACGGGCAGGUACCGCCUGGAGGGGCUCUCCAGCACACUGUCCGAGAUGGUUCUGCAAGGCGAGGACAGAAGCGUGAACUUGCAUCAUUACCAUUUCGAUGCUUGGCCAGACCAUGGUGUGCCGAAAGGGCCAGGAGUGCAAGCCCUUCGGGCAUUGGUGCUGGAGAUUGAGGCAAAGAGAAAGGAGCUAGACUGCGAAGUAUGGGUGCACUGUUCUGCUGGCGUCGGGCGUACCGGCACGUUCAUCGCACUGUCGUCACUUCUCACGCCUGGAGUAGCAUUCCAUAAGUCCCCUUUAGGCUUGCUUCCUGAGGCGAUACACGAUGACAUGGUGGCGCAGACUGUGGACACGAUCAGAGAAAGUCGGGGAAUGUUGGUGCAGAACCUAGAGCAGUACAACUUGAUUUAUGAGAUGCAAUGA